ACUCCUGCCGUUCCUCUUCCUCUUCCUCUUCACCCCGCAACCCUUCCCUAUAAAUACUAUUCCUUUCCUUCACUUUCUCUCCCAUCGUCUUUUUCCUUCCUCUCUGCUUGCUUAAUUGGUUUUACCGCUGGCCAUUUAGGUCUAAUCCAAUCUUGUGCCAUUACCACCGGACGCAAACGAGAAAGCCGCAUCCUUUCGAUCUUCCUCUGCUUAUCUGUUCCGGAUUUACAGUCAUCGGGGCAGGAAUCGAGUGCCUACCCCGAUCGCCUCCUGGGAUUGAGGGUUUUCCACCCUUUCUACCUCCAAAAUCAGUGCUUGAUUGGGGAUGUGAUUGGCAGAUUACGCCUCUUUCCAAUAGGUCCAGGAUCCUUCGAAAUCUCGGUUUCUAGUGGGUUUUGAGGCUUUGAUCAUGCUUCCGACCCAUGUUUUUGAGCACUUUCUGUGUCUGCGCUUCUAUAUCUAUCUACUGGUGAUUGUUAAUGCGCCGAUUGUCUUGGUUGUUUGGUAAUAGUCCGCUGAUUGCAUGAAUCUCGACGGAAGUCAUGAAGUUUGUACCUUUAGGUUUAGAUGAUGAGUUCUAGAGGAGAGAUGUAUUGAUUGCUUGCUCUGAACUACUCUAGCAGUCUUUUAGAUAAGAUUAUCUCAAGGCGGAAAAUAUUAGGAACUCUUUGACAUACCAGACUCCAUAACUUUAUGAAACAAUAGAGUUGAUCUUGUUUUGAGCUUAUACCUUGUCCAUUUUUAUCUAUAUGUUUUAUUUCGGCAUUUCAUGGGAGGAGUAGAAGAUACUGAGCCACCCUCAAAACGCAUCAAAGUGUCCUCGGUAGAUUUGGAGAGCCUUUCAAAUAAUUUAUCAUUUUUAGCACAUAUCAAUCCUUGGGGAGGCCAAAUGGCCAGGCCUUUACCAUCCCAAGGGAGGGAAGACGUGAUUGGUUCCAAAGGAACCAUAAAAAAAGUUGAAUUUGUGAGGGUCAUUACAAAGGCUCUCUACUCUCUUGGUUAUGAGAGAAGUGGAGCAAUUUUGGAGGAAGAAUCAGGGAUACCCUUGCACUCUUCUGUAGUCAACCUCUUCUGUAAGCAGGUUCUUGAUGGAAACUGGGACGGAAGCAUGGUUACACUGCAAAAAAUAGGACUUGAUGAUGAAUAUAUUUUGAAGUCUGCUUGCUUUUUGAUUAUGGAGCAGAAGCUCUUCGAACUUUUGGAGAAGAAUAUGGUACUGGAAGCAUUGGAAACACUGACAAAUGAGAUAACUCCACUUGGCAUUAAGAAAAAACGUGUACACGAGCUUUCCAGUUGUGUUAUAUCUCCUUUGCAGCGUCUCUCCCUUGGGUUUUCCAAUGUGGGCAUAGAGACUUCAAACUCACGACUGAGGCUUCUAGGUGAGUUACAGAAAUUGCUUCCGCCUUCAAUAAUGGUACCUGAGGGGAGGUUGGAGCAAUUAGUUGAACAGGCUCUUGACGCUCAAAGAGAAUCCUGCUACUUGCACAAUUCUGCUGAAGGUUGUCUAUCAUUGUACACUGAUCAUCGGUGUGCAAAGGACCAGUUGCCUUCUCAAACCACACAGAUAUUGCAAGCGCAUGAUGAUGAAGUAUGGUUUCUAGAGUUCUCCAACCAAGGAGAAUAUUUAGCAUCAUCAUCAAAUGAUAAAUCUGCAAUUAUAUGGGAGGUUCAUGAAAAUGGGGAAGUCACUCUGAAGCACAGGCUAACUGGCCAUCAGAAGCCUGUCAUAAUGGUUGCUUGGAGCCCUGAUGACAGUCAGCUUCUAACUUGUGGAAUGGAAGAAGUCGUGAGGCGCUGGGAUAUUCACACUGGCAAAUGCCUCCAUGUCUACCAAAAGACCGGCCUAGGUCUGAUGUCUUGUGGUUGGUUCCCAGAUGGCAAACAACUGUUUUUUGGUGUUACUAAUAGAACAAUAUGCUUUUGGGAUUUGGAUGGAAAAGAAUUGUAUUCUUGGAAGGGGCAACCAACAAGCAAAAUUUCCGAUGUUUCUAUCACAAAGGAUGGUAGGCAAUUUAUUAGCUUGUGCAGUGAAACCACAAUUGUGGUGCUCGACAGGGAAACCAAAAAUGAGAAGCUGAUAGAAGAAGAACAAACAAUAACUUCAUUCUCUUUAUCAAAGGACAAUAACUUUUUACUUGCAAAUCUUAUAAACCAGGAGAUCCACCUUUGGAGCAUAAAAGAUGAUCCUAAUCUCAUUGCCAGAUACAAAGGCCUCAAGCGCUCUCGAUUUAUAAUAAGGUCUUGUUUUGGAGGACGUGAUCAGGCUUUUAUUGCUAGUGGAAGUGAAGAUUCACAGGUAUACAUAUGGCAUCGUGCCACAGGUGAUCUUGUCCAAUCUCUCGCCGGACAUUCAGGCACUGUCAAUUGCGUCUGCUGGAACCCAACGAACCCACACAUGCUUGCAUCCGCCAGUGAUGAUCUAACAAUUCGUAUCUGGGGAUUAAGCAGGGCUAACCUGAAGCACAAGGAGACCUACAGCAAUGGGAUCAUUCAUCAUUCCAACGGAAACUGCAAAUGAGCAAUGACGAAAACAGUGGAGUGCUGGUCCUCGACUUAGAGUGCACUGGCCGUGUAAAUGAUCCUUACCUUACUCAAUUGCUAUUUGCCGAUACGAAGUCUGACGGCUGUUUUAAUUUGUAAGGUUAUUUCUUUAUUGACACAAGAUGGAAGUCAUAUACAUGGUUCGUUUAUCUUGUAGGCAAUCUUUGAAAAUA